UAAAUAUUGCUCUGAAAUUUAAAUUAACGAAAAUGAAAAAAUAAAACAAUCCAAAUAGCUAAAAAAAGAGCGUUUAAAUAAAAAAUUUAGAUUUUUCAGAAAGCAAAAAUGAAGAAUAAAAUUUCUAGAGUAUUGAUAUUUUGUUUGAAUUAAUAAAGAAAAAGCACUAAUUAAAUGGAGAUCUAAUUAAACUUAAAGAGAAUAUAUAUGGGCUAUUUUUAGAAAUAAACAAUAGAUAUUUUAAAGUAAUCGAUUUUGAUAAAACAAUAUUAGGAUAUCAACACUAUCUGAGUGAUGUUACAUAAAAUUUUCUUUAAACAUUCAGUCAAAGUGGAUGUAAUAUUACUAAUUACUAAGAAUCCAUUUAUGAAGUGGACUCAAAAAGCUGCUUGCAUCUUGAGAGAGAGUUUUAAUUAAUAGAAAUACUUGAAUUCUAAGGUGAUAUUCAUAAAGCAAUAAAUGAAACAGAAACAUUUGAAUGGAUCACGUUAUACGACAAAGCAAGAUAAUUUUGGAUUAGUUAAAAUGACAAAGAUAGUUAAAACUCAAUUGUAAGCUUUCAAAUGGCUUUCAAUGAAAUCGAAAAAGCUAAAAAAUAAUAUAUGGACUAUAAAUUUAUUUCAAUAAAUCUAAACAAUUAAUCUUUUGGUGCAAAUGAAAUUUAGUCUAGAGUGAUUGCAUAUGUCAUUAGUAUUCUGAAGAAUAUUGAAGCUUUAGAAUUAAUUGGGAAAUAUCAGUAGAUUAUCAAUAAUAUGCUAGAUAUCAUUUAACCAAUUACUAAUCUUAAAUAAAUAUCAAUUUGUAUUGGUUAGAAAAAUAAUUAUCAAAGUGAAAAGUUAGAAGAUAAUUUUGGUUAAUUAGUUAAGUUCAUAGAUUAAUAACAUUAUUUGAAAGAAUUGACUCUCUAUGUUUACACAUAAUCUCCUUAGUUCAUUUCAGAUUUUGCUAAUUGCUUGAUGAGAAAAACUGACUUAAAAACUUUAAAAUUUGAACUAUUAAAGAAUAAAAAUUACUUUUAUAAGUAACAUUAAAUAAUUGAUUUAACUGAAUAUUGUACAGAAAUAGUGCAACAAGUUUAAAAUUUAAGUCAUCUCUAAGUAUUAAACUUAAAGAUAAACCUAAAUUCAAAAUCUAUGGAAAUAAUAGCAGAAUAACUGAAAUAUCUAAAAGACUUAGUGUUUCUUUAACUCAAAUUUAGCGAAAUUGUAAUUCAAGAAGAUUAAAAGGAAAGUUUAGUCAUAAAAUUAUUUAAUUCUUUGCAGACUUUAGAGAAAUUAAAUUACUUGAAAUUAAGCUUUGACAAUUAACAUGAAAAUUUUUUAAAUGAUUUGGGAAAUGAAUUAAGCAAAAUGAAAUAAGUAAAAUAUUUAGCUCUUAAUUUUGAGAACAAGAAUGCUUUCGAAGAUAGCUUUAUAUCUUGUUUCUUUAACAAGCUGUCUACAAACAUUUCGAUUGAGAAACUGAAAAUUAAAAUAUUAGGAGAAUUUUAGUAAGAAUCGUUGUUUCAUCUUGUCAAAAAUGUUAAAAAUCUAAGCCAUUUAUAUCAAUUUAAGGCUUAAAUAAAUAAAUAUUUAGGACCAAUAAGUAAAGUUAAAAAAGCACUCUAGAUGACAAAAAAAUUCAAAAGACUAACAACCUUAAAAUUCAAUAUUAUUGAAACUACAGUGAACUGGUUCUAAGUUUGACUUGCUUCAAAAAUAAAUUUAUAAAUUAAGAUAAAAAUAAAUACUUAUUAUUUAUUUAUUUAUAUUCGAUUCAUAUUUAUUAUUAAAUUAGAAUUA